GGCGAGAGGCGCCGUCACCCGUUUUCACUUAUCCGCCUUUACUUCGCGUCUACGCGCGUCAGGCGCGAGCCGGGCUCCGUCGUGGCCGCGGCGCAGUGCGCGGGACGGCCAACCGGACACAGCCACGGCACGUGGGGUCGGCGCCGUGCCUGGGGCGGGGGCGGCCCCCCAGGGGCUUGCCGAGGUCAAGGCUUGCAGUGGGGUGGGACAGGCGACCACUGCAGUGCCUUGUGCUGCGGUCCUUUGAGGAGCAAUGACGGAGUAUAAGCUCGUGGUGGUGGGCGCCGGAGGCGUGGGGAAGAGCGCCCUGACCAUCCAGCUCAUCCAGAACCACUUUGUGGAUGAGUACGACCCCACCAUAGAGGACUCCUACCGGAAGCAAGUGGUCAUUGAUGGGGAGACUUGCCUGCUGGACAUCCUGGACACGGCGGGCCAGGAGGAGUACAGCGCCAUGCGGGACCAGUACAUGCGCACCGGGGAGGGCUUCCUUUGUGUGUUUGCCAUCAACAACGCCAAGUCCUUCGAGGACAUCCACCAGUACAGGGAGCAGAUCAAACGGGUGAAGGACUCAGACGAUGUGCCCAUGGUGCUGGUGGGGAACAAGUGUGACCUGGCCGCGCGCACCGUGGAGUCUCGGCAGGCCCAGGACCUCGCCCGCAGCUACGGCAUCCCCUACAUCGAGACCUCGGCCAAGACGCGCCAGGGCGUGGAGGAUGCCUUCUACACGCUGGUGCGCGAGAUCCGGCAGCACAAGGCGCGCAAGCUGAGCCCACCUGACGAGGGCGGCCCGGGCUGCCUGAGCUGCAGGUGCCUGCUCUCCUGACGGCGGCGUGGCGUGGGCUGUGGAGGUGCCGGAUGAGACGCGGGCUAAGGGUGCAGGGAAGGAAGGGAGUGCCGCCAGAGCCUGGCCCGCCCAGGUCGGUGGACAGAGUGACCGCGGGCCUCCCGGGACGCUUUGCACAGACUGUCAUGAACUGACGCCGGCGGCCCCCAGUUGUCACUCUCCUCCAGCCCCGUCCUGGCCCACUGGGCACAGGCUGAGUUGCAGUAAAUUAUUUCAUGUCUUGA